ACGCUCGGGACGUCUUAUCGGUCGAUUAUUCGCACUUGAACACUCGCGCCGAACGGUCAUCAUCGGUCCCACCAUCGGACACUGCUGCCGCCGCUUGUUCUGGAGGAUUACCGAGGAAUCGCAGCUCCGCGAAAAACAGAGCCCGCGCCGACACCGGAUGGACAUCGUGGAGUACCACUUUGUGAUUGUUAUUUGUCUCUGAUAAUAAAUCGGAGUCCGGUUGGAAGUUGCUUUUUUUCUGCGAAGUGGAAAACGUGUGUGUAGGUGUUGCGAAGCGGACGAACGUGUGGAAAUUUUUCUAGAAUUGUUUCAGCAGUGAUUGAAAAUCGGUUUCUCAGAAAUUCGACCGACAACUUUCGAGUUUGGAUCAUCAAUUAGCUGCGAUUAGAGCUUGCCCCCGUCAGCUCUGCUAGCAGUGAUAGACGAAUCGGGCGAAAGGGAUACAUCGAGAAUAUCAGAAGAAACACAAACGAUUGUUAUUGACAACACGAAAGCGUCGGGGUUGUGGGAUCAGGACAAUGUCAACGACGGAGACGUCCCCAACCGGUGGAUCCGCGAACAAUGAGAACCUUAGUAGUAGUACCCAACCGAUGGCACCGUCGGGAACGACGGGAACAGAAUCGGCACCACCAAACAUAGAGGGGGAACAACAACCCGUCAGUUCGUCACGUGAUACCAAACGGGAGGCCAGUUGGCCGUCGGUGUUGUUCUAUAUUCACUUGAAUAUUCUAGGAGUGUACGGGAUUUUUGUUCUUUUUUCUCAUACCUCGGCGAUAACGUUUGUUUUCACCUCAUUUUUAACCUUAUGUGGAAUUUUGGGUGUUACUGCUGGCGCCCAUAGACUGUGGGCGCACAAAGCCUACCAGGCGUCGACCUUCCUGAAGUUCGCUCUGAUGCUGUGCCAAACUAUGGCCGGACAGGGCUCCAUCUACGACUGGGUUCGCAUGCACCGGCUGCACCACGAACACUACCGCACCGCGGACGAUCCGUACUACAGCGAUAAGGAUUUCCUGCACGCCCAGGUAUUCGCCAACAUUCGCAAGCUGAGCGCACGCCAGGAGAAGCUGCUGCAGAAUAUCGACAUGAGCGAUCUGGAAUCGGACGGGAUCGUUAUGUUCCAGAAGCGUUUCUACUGGUUGCUCUACCCGGUGAUGUUUGUGCUGUUGCCGAUCAAUGCUCCUCUGGAGUACUGGGGUGAUACCGUGCAGGCGGCCAUCUUUGUGGCUUUCUCGCUCCGAUAUCUGCUGGUGCUGAACGUUUCCUGGUUGAUCAAUUCGGCACACUUCAUCUGGGGGCUGGACAAAAAUCACAAGCAGAGCGAUUCCAAUAUGGUGUUCGUGGUGACAAAGAGCUACUGGCCGCAGUAUCACUAUCUGCUGCCGUUUGACUAUCAGAGCGGUGAAUUCGGGAAUUACGGUUCCGGCUGUACUACGGCAUUCAUAAGGGUCUGUGCAGCCAUGGGAAUGGCCACCAAGCUGCAGACUAUGACAACGGAAGCCGUUAAGAAGGGUUUGACGAUGGCCGUGGACAGCGGUCGACCGAUCGUGGACUGUCUGAAGCAGGCCGGCGCGGAAGAUAUGUGUAACCUGCAACGUGAGCACUAUCUGAAGAACGAAAGACUUCACUAGAGGGCGACUGGGGGCUCGUCCGUGUAGACUGGGUCGCGAUGGCCGGGCAGAAGCGAUUAAUUUAUUUUAUAUGAUCUUUAAUUUUUGUGACAGAAGAACAUAUUUCUCAUAAAGUACACCAAAAAUGAUAGUUGA